GGCAGGCGGCCGGAGCUGGGUGCUGGGCUCCUACCCGGGCACUCCGGGUUCGGGCGCGGUCGUCUUUAUGUGGCUCUUUCUUGGCACUUUGUGCACAGCUCCUGCCAGUGCCAUCCAAGUGACUGUGUCAGACCCCUACCACGUGGUGAUCCUCUUCCAGCCCGUGACCCUGCCCUGCACCUACCAGUUGACCACGACCCCCACAGCACCCAUCGUGAUCUGGAAGUACAAGUCUUUCUGCCGGGACCGCAUCGCUGAUGCCUUUUCUCCAGCCAGUGUUGACAACCAGCUCAAUGCCCAGCUGGCAGCUGGUAACCCGGGCUACAACCCCUAUGUGGAGUGUCAGGACAGUGUGCGCACUGUCAGGGUUGUAGCCACUAAGCAGGGCAAUGCUGUGACCCUGGGCGACUACUACCAGGGCCGGAGGAUCACCAUAACAGGAAAUGCUGACCUGACCUUUGACCAGACGGCUUGGGGGGACAGUGGUGUGUAUUACUGCUCUGUGGUCUCGGCCCAGGACCUCCAGGGGAACAACGAGGCCUACGCAGAGCUCAUCGUCCUGGGCAGGACCUCGGGGGUGGCUGAGCUCUUACCUGGUUUUCAGGCGGGGCCCAUGGAAGACUGGCUGUUCGUGGUUGUUGUCUGCCUAGCUGUCUUCCUUGUCUUCCUCCUCCUGGGCAUCUGCUGGUGUCAGUGCUGCCCGCACACCUGCUGCUGUUACGUCCGGUGCCCCUGCUGCCCAGACAAGUGCUGCUGCCCAGAGGCUUUGUAUGCUGCUGGCAAAGCAGCCACCUCAGGCGUCCCGAGCAUCUACGCCCCUAGCACCUAUGCUUACCUUUCUCCUGCCAAGACCCCACCCCCGGCAACCAUGAUUCCUAUGGGCACCGUUUACAAUGGAUACUCUGGAGACUUUGACAAGAACAGCUCAGUAGGUGGCUGUAGCUCCCAGGUACCCCUGCUUCGUGAUGCAGACAGCAGUGUGACCUCUGAAGUCCGUAGUGGCUACAGAAUUCAGGCCAGCCAGCAGGAUGACUCUAUGCGAGUCCUGUACUACAUGGAGAAAGAACUGGCCAACUUUGACCCUUCUCGACCUGGCCCCCCCAACAGCCGUGUAGAGAGGGCCAUGAGUGAAGUCACCUCCCUCCAUGAAGACGACUGGAGAUCGCGGCCUUCCCGCGGCCCUGCCCUCACCCCAAUCCUGGAUGAGGAAUGGGGUCGCCACUCCCCUCGGAGUCCAAGGAGGUGGGAGCAAGAGCCCCUCACAGAACGGCCCAGGAGUGGCUGGGGGGCCGGGCGUCCCCGGGCUCGCUCUGUGGAUGCUCUGGAUGACCUCACGCGGCCAGGCUCUGCUGAAUCAGGGAGGAGGUCUCCCCCAAAUAGUGGGAAGAGAGGCCGAGCUUAUGCGCACCCCCGAAGCCGCAGCCGUGAUGACCUCUACGACCAAGAGGACCCAAGGGGCUUUCCACACUCCCAGGAACCCCACUUCGAUGACUUCAGGUCUAGAGACCGCCCUGGUGCUGACCCUAGGAACCGCUCCCACCGCGCUCGGGAUGCUCGGAACGAGAGGUCCAGGGACCCGGACCCCCAAUAUGAUGGUCGGCUUCUGGAAGAGGCCUUGAGGAGAAAGGGGCCAGCGGAGAGGAGACCUUACCGGGAGGAAGAGGACGCCUACUACCCCCCAGCGCCUCCCCCUUACUCUGAGACCGACUCCCAGGCCUCACGGGAGCGGAGGCUCAAGAAGAACUUGGCCCUGAGUCGGGAAAGUUUAGUCGUCUGAUCUCCUUUUGUAUGUAGUUUUGUACUUUUUUUUUUAAAAUUUGAGGAACUGUUGAUGUUCCUCUUCUAAUAAAAUAUAUAAUCACAAGGCCUAA